AUGGAAAUUCCGAACCCCGCCUCGAAGCCACGGCAGCCUGAUCCCAUCACAGUCGCAGAAGUCGAGGCAAUUGCAGCCAAAACAUUGUCCAAACAGAUCUACGAAUUCUAUGCGUCCGGCUCCGAUGAACAGAAGCUGCUGAAAAGGAACAUGUCUGGAUAUGACAGGUUGUACAUAGUCCCCCGAGUUCUCCGUGAUGUCUCCGACGUGGACACCAGGGUCGAGAUGUUUGGCUCGAAAUUGAACAUGCCCAUCGGCAUUGCGCCAAGUGCGAUGCAAAGACUGGCAGGCCGAGGCGGAGAGAUUGAUGUGGCACGCGCCGCUGUACACGAGCGAGUCAAUUUCACGUUAUCAUCGCAGUCGACGACCUCACUCGAGAAUGUCAUGGCUGUGAAAACCAGUCAAGGUGAUUCGACCCCGACGCCUGACUUCUGGUUCCAAAUCUACCUCACGCAGGACUUGGACAAGAGUGUGGACUUGAUAAAAAGGGCAGAAGUGGCGGGCUACAAAGCUCUUGUUGUCACGGUAGAUACUCCGGUCCUGGGAAACCGUGUCAAUGAAAGAAAAAACGUGCUAGCCCUACCGCGCGGUAUGAGGCUUGCGAAUCUUGAAGAAGAUGACGCGGAUUCAGCAAAGACACCAACACCUACGCGCAACCGGCUGCUGAUGGACGCCCGCACCAAACAUGAUGCCAGGUUGGUCGUUGAACUCGGUGGCGGAGAAAUGCAUGCCUCGAAUUUGUCUUGGGCCAAGACGCUGAGCUUCCUCAGAGGUGUGACGACGAUGAAAAUUGUGCUGAAAGGGGUCAUGACACCUCAAGAUGCAAGGCUGGCGAUAUUGUACGGCGCCGACGCAAUUGUCGUGUCAAAUCAUGGAGGUCGACAGCUGGACGACGCACCGUCGACGAUAGAGGUCUUGGCAGAUAUUGCGCACGCUGUCCGCGGUCGCAUACCCAUCAUCUUGGACGGUGGUAUUCGUCGUGGCGCCGACGUUUUCAAGGCCAUCGCUCUCGGUGCGGACCUUGUUUGGAUUGGGAGACCUGUUCUUUGGGGUCUCGCCUACGACGGUGACAAAGGUGUCGGCGCGGUGCUGAAUAUUCUCGAGAGGGAACUCAGCCGCACAAUGGCCUUGGCUGGGGUUAGAGAGAUAUCCGAGAUAAGCAGCGCCUAUUUAGCGGUAGCAAAUCCGACCUUUGGAGUCACCAAGUUGUAA